AUGGGCGACGCGGCGAACGGAGCCAAUGGCACCUCCCCCACGCUCCCCGCCCUCGUCACCUCGGCGUCUGCCUUUCUCGAAAAGGAGUACGACUAUGUCAUCAUCGGCGGCGGCACAGCCGGCCUCGUGCUCGCCGCCCGCCUGACGGAGAACCCGGACAUCAACGUCGGCGUGCUCGAAGCCGGAAAGAACAAACUCAAUGACCAGCUGGUCGAUACCCCGGGCCUGUUCAUGCAGAUGCUUGGGCACCCGGAAUACGACUGGAACUGGAAAUCGGCUCCACAGGCAAGUCUUCCUCUGACCCCCGCCUCCAACGAAUGUUACAGCAAGCUGACCAGCAUGGUAACAGGAGGGCAUGAAUGGCAUCGUGCACAACAUACCCCGCGGUACGUCCGCGGCUCGGAGCGCGACUACGACGACUGGGCGGCGCUAUCCAACGACCCGGGCUGGAGCUUCGCCAACAUGCGGCAAUACAUCACCAAGCACCAGACGCUCGAGCCCAUCCCCGACAGCAUCACCAACCGCGCCGCCAUGUCCACCAUCGGCGUCAACCACGGCACAUCCGGCCCCAUCCACACCUCCUUCAACGACACGCGCCUCCCCAUCGAAGACGCGUUCCUCGCCGGCGCCGACGAGGCGGCGCACAUCGCCGAGAAGCCCGUCGACGCGUGGGGCGGCGACCACUACGGCUUCUACAACGGGCUCGGCAGCGUGUACCGGUCGGGCGCGCUGGCGGGCAAGCGCAGCUACGCGGCGCGCGGCUACUUCUCCGAGGGCGGCGUCGCGGCGCGAGAGAACCUGCGCGUGCUGUGCGAGGCGCGCGUGACGCGCGUCGUGCUGGAUGAUGACGAUGACGAUGAUGAUGAUCACGCGGGAGAGGGGGAUGAUCAUCAGGGCAAUGCAGGUCAUCAUCGUGUCGUUAGCGCGAGCGGCGUGGCGUUUGUGCAUGGCGACGAGGGCCGGCAGUACGAGGUCAAGGCGCGGCGGGAGGUGUUGCUGUGUGCGGGCGCGAUCCAGUCGCCGCAGGUGCUGGAGCUGUCGGGGAUUGGUGACCCGAAGGUGCUGGCGGCGGCCGGGGUCGAGUGCAGGGUCGAGCUGCCGAGCGUGGGCGAGAACUUCCAGGACCAUGUCGUCACGGGGGCUGCGUACCAGCUUGCGCCGGGCGUCAUCUCGGCGGAUAGCUUGUGGCACCCGGAGGCGAUGGCGGAGGCGCAGAGGGCGUUGGUGGAGGAGGCGGCGGGGCCGUUGACGGCGACGGCGAGCGGGCAGGGGUUUGUGAGUUACAAGCGGUUGGUGUCCAAGGAAGAGCUCGACAAGACGGUUGCCAGCAUCCGCGAGACGCAGAGGACUUCGACGCCCUUCCAACAACGCCAGCUCGAGCUCAUCAUCAAGCACCUCGAAGACGACAAAUCAGCCAACGUCCAAUACAUCCUCAUCCCCGCCCGCGGCAACCUGACGGACGAAUCCAUCCAAGACCAAUCCAAGCUCUGGCUGCCGGGCGACCCCGCGCAGCCCGAAGUCAUCUGGGGCUGCGCCCUGCAGUACCCCGUCUCCCGCGGCUCCGUCCACAUCGCCAGCGCAGACCCACUCGCCGCCCCAACAAUCAACCCCGCCUACCUCACCCACCCGGCCGACACCUCCGUCCUCGCCGCCGGCCUCUCCCUCGCCGACCGCAUCGCCCGCGCCCCCUCCCUCUCCCCUCACCUCUCCGCGCGCCUCUCGCCGCCCCCGGACAUCGACCUGCAAGACGUCUCGGCCGGCGGCGCGGCCGCAUCCGCGGUGAAGAAUUGGUCCAUGGGCGAGUACCACGUCGCGGGCGGGUGCGCCAUGGGCGACACGCUGGACGGGAAGUUGCGGGUGAGGGGGGUGGAAGGGCUGCGCGUGGUGGACGCGAGCGCGUUUCCGGGCCAUGUGAGCGGGAAUUGUCAGAGCUCGGUGUACGCGUUGGCGGAGAGGGGGGCGGAUCUGGUCAAGGAGGAGGCGGCUGAGGCGGAGGAGACGGAGGAGGCGGAGGCGCAGGAGAAGCAGAAGAAGAAGCAGAAGAAGCAGAAGCAGAAGCGGGGAGGGGAGGGGCCGGUGAGGCUGGUGGACGGGGACGAGGGGGGGCUGUGGGAUGGGGGGGAGUGA